AUGGUAUUGUUCAACGACUUGCCAGAUGAAGUGGUUGAGUUAAUUGUUGAAUAUUUACCUCCAGAUGAGUUACUGCGAUAUGCUGGUUUACCACGACUUGGUGAGUUUGCUACUAAUUCAAUGUAUUCAACAAUUGUCAUUAAUAAUAAUUCUAAAUUUCUGACAGCUUUUGAACUUGAAUCUUAUAGAGGGUUUCCAAAUUUGUUUUAUUCUGAGUAUCAAAAUUUGAGAAAAAAGAAUCCUGGAUUAAUUCCCAAGAAAUUGGUGUUUACUGAUCCUCUGGAUGCUUUUAAACUUGUUGAUAGUUUGAAUCGUAUUGAUGAAAAAAUCAAGAUAGAGCUUGUAUUCCUCGACCGCGGGCUUCAAUAUUAUCAAAAGUUUAUUCUGGAGUAUAAGAAAAAGCCGUUUGAAGUUCAUUGUGUUAGCUUUGGUGGUAUUGAUGAUCUCAAUUACUAUGCUGAUUAUGGAAGCAUUCCCAAACCAUCAUACGAAAUACAAGAUAUUUUGGGGGUAAGUGUUGAAGCUUUCUUUAAAGAAUUAUUCUGCAACUUAUCUAGUAUUUCAUUGGUUGCUGAAUUGGAUGUUGAUGAACUUAAGCUCCUUCCAAAAAGCGUGGAAAUUUUGAAUUGUCGUGUGAAAGAUAUUGAGGCGCUGGUACAAUUGCCAUUACCUAAUGGAUUAAAAAACUUGAGUAUUGCGUCUUGUAGAGUAAGAUUUCAGAACACAGUUCCAGAAGUUGAUAUUUCCCAUUUAGACAAUGUUCGAAAUCUAAAACUUAGAACCAAUGAUGAAUAUUCGUACACUAAAUGGAAACUUCCAUCUAACGUAACAACUUUACUGGCUGAUUAUUUUGAAAUGAUCCCACGAGAUUUGAUUUCUUGUUGUCCUAAAUUAUUCGAGUUAGAAAUUGACGGUGUUGCAGAUUUUUAUGCUAUGGUGGCAAUGGAUAUGUUGUCCAUUCCAAUAACACUACGCAAGUUGACUAUCCCUGGUUCUUUUACAAGCUAUGAUGUCAGGUAUGCCUUCAUGAAUUUCGUCCAAUCAAUUGAACAAAUCAAGUCUAAAUUAAAGUUGCCUGAAACUCUCAGACUGUUAAAUCUUAGUAAAAGUCCAGAAGAUGGAAGAAUUGUCAUACUUGAUUUUGAACUGAAUCAGUUGCCGGCGUUAAAUAGCUUGAACAUCGAGCAUAUGACGGAUAUUAAAUUUGUUGGGCAACUACCAUUGAGUUUAACUGAAGUUUUUAUUACUGAAGUUCCAGACUUCAGAAUGAAUAAUUUGUUGCACUUGCAAAACCUUAGCGAGCUUUAUAUUGAUUCAGUCGAAGAACAAGUUGAAUUCUCGUGUCAAUUUUCAGAAUCGUUGGAAUACAUGAGCAUAAGCUGUUGUGGUCUCCAAAAAGUGGCCAUUGUUGCACCAAAGCUUAAAUACUUGGGGUUAGAGUUCAACAAAUUUAAGGUUCUUGAUGAAAAGAAUUUCAUAAUCCCGGAUUCUGUGGAAUCUUUGCAACUCGGUCUAAAUCCAUUGGUUGACAUUUCAGUUAAAUUUCCAAAAGGAUUGACACAAUUGGGUUUAUCAUCAAAUUACCUUACUACCCUUCCUGAACUUCCCAAAGGAUUAAAGAUUUUACAUUUUAAGGAUCAUAUUUAUGGACCUAAUCUUGAACCUUGUGAUUUUCCACUUGAAAUAGAAAAACUUGAUUUGACAUCCCAAAAAUUAUCCAAUGAAUGGUUUGAAAAUCUGAAUUUAUCAAAAUGUCUGAAAUUGAAACACUUGUCUGUUGUAGCAUGUGGUUUAAAAACUUUAGAUCUUGAUAACUUGCCUUCAUCAUUGGUUCUGUUGGACUUUAGUAAUAAUCAAUUAACUACAAUUCAUGGAGAUUUCAGUAGACUUGAAAAUCUUGAACAUUUAUACUUGCCACGAAAUGAAUUAAAGGGUGUUUUCCAAGCAUUGGGCAAAAAAGAAGGACCUAUGUUUGCACCAAGUAUUAAACAAAUUGAUCUUAAUCCUUGUCUGUUGACUAAAGAUGACGUUGAAACGCUAUUUAAAGAAUUAACAAUAUCACCAGAUUUUGAAUUUUUAAAUGUGGAUGAAUCCUUGCUUCCAGAAUCAGUAGAUGUGCCUGAUUUGAGACUCAAGAGACGUAUCAAUUAA